ACGUGUCUUCCGGUUCAGACGGAGCGCUGAAGUCCGCGGGUUCGGUAGCCUGGGGGUUCCCGGAAGUGACCCGGCCACAGGCUUCCGGUGCGGGCCAGGGGAAAAAUGGCAGUGACCACCGUGUUCUCAGCUGUGGCGCGGGUGCUUGCUCUGUCAAGACGCAGCCUAGCAUUUCCUUUGCUCAGCGUGACAUCAUUCAGACACUUUUACAGAGGUGACAGCCCAACAGAUUCCCAAAAAGACUUGAUUGAAAUCCCUUUGCCUCCAUGGCAGGAGCGAAUUGAUGAAUCCAUAGAAACCAAAAGAGCCCGCCUGCUCUACGAGAGCAGAAAGAGGGGAAUGUUGGAGAAUUGCAUUCUCCUUAGCCUCUUUGCUAAAGAACAUCUCCACCACAUGACAGAGAAGCAGCUCAACCUCUAUGAUCGCCUGAUUAAUGAGCCCAGUAAUGACUGGGAUAUUUACUACUGGGCCACAGAAGCAAAACCAGCCCCAGAAAUAUUUGAAAAUGAAGUCCUGGCACUGCUGAGAGACUUUGCGAAAAACAGAAACAAAGAGCAGAGACUGCGUGCCCCAGAUCUCGAGUACCUCUUUGAAAAGCCUCGUUGAGCUGUGAACCACAGCCCGGCAUGGGGCUUAGUCCCUGGACCCUCCCUGCUUGUGAUGGAUCCUGGCCUUGGCUUCCUGCUGCUUUUUAGAUACGCAACCCACCCAGGACAUGUAAAUGUUCAGUGCGACUCAUUCUAAAACUUUCCUUGUUCAGCUCUGAGCCUCAAAGGUGGUUUAUUGAUGUUACCCCCGCACUCGGCCUGGCUACUCUUAUCUGGCUCCGGUCUCCGAAGGCCUCUGCCCCAGGAGGGCACUAUUCGGAAAGUGAUAGUGCUAGCUCCUUACUUCAGGGAAACGACGCAGCCCGCUGCUGUGCUGUGUGGAUAGCGUGGAAAGCAUCCCUGAGCAGCCCAGAGCUGUGCCCAAAUGAAUUUCCCCCACUUUAUCCCUGUGUGGUCCUCUCUGCCAAGGAGGCUGAUCCAACCCCCCUGAGCUGAAUCCCUCAAAGGCACAGCAGACAGAAUGAGGGCAACAAGCAGGAACAGUGUGGGCAUGCUGCUUACAAGUCAGCAUCCUUACGAUCAGAUUUUCUUAGAAUGCUCACUGUGCAGACUGAAAGAUAAUAAUGUUAAAGAAUAUUGAAAAAAGGAAAUUCACAAUUCCCCAACCCUCACACAUAAUUAUUUUAAUAUUUUCUGUCCUUGUAGACUCAUAAUCACAUGUUUAUAAAGUUCUGCAAGGUCACAGUCAUAGGCUUUAUUUCCACAUAGCACUGUAGCAAACUUUUCCCAUAUUUCUAUAGCCUUCACAAUUAUUUGGAGCCCUGGUGGCGCAGUAGUUAAGAGCUCAGCUGCUAACCAAAAGGUCAGCAGUUCGAAUUCACCAGCUACUCCUUGGAAACCCUAUGGGGCAGUUCUGCUGUGUCCUGUAGGGUUGCUAUGAGUUGGAAUUGACUCGAUGGCAGUGGGUUUGGGUUUGGCCACCAUUAUUUAAGUUGACAAACUAAUAGCACAUAAGAAAUGAUAUGUCAGAAUGAAUUAGUUAGAAGUGUUUAGCCCUAGCACUAGAAGACUUCUGUGCGGCUAGUGGUGGUCUCGUUGGAGACCUCGAAGCUGUAAUCCAGUCUAGUCAGAACAUUGGGGCACCAGGCUGGGCCAGGAGCAUCUAACAGUGUUGACCCGAAGAAGGAAGGCCAGAUUGAUGAACACGUGGUUGGAGAUCACAAGAGGAGCUGCACGCAUGGUGAAGUGCACGUUGCCAGCGUUGUUGAGCUAUAGGUUUCCCACCGAGCUUCCUCCUGGGUCCUGGCUAAGGAGGGAAGGAAAAAAAACCAACCUCUACUUAUAUUAUCUCAUUAUAGCCUCACAGCACUCCCGCAGAGAGGUGGUGUUACGCCUACUUUAUAGAUGAGAAAGUGGGCUCAGAGAGAUUAAUUUAUCCUGGGUCAUGCAGCUAUUUAGUCAAAAAGCCAGAAUCUAGCUCUGUCUGCCUCCAGUGGUCAUGAACUUUCUACUGGAACACACUACCUUUACUGUUGGACAUUUAGUGGAAAUCUAUGCUGAAAAAAGUUACGGCAAAGAAAUCUGACAGUUGUGAGACAUGACCUCUGUAUCAAAUAGGGGGUAAGAAGCUGCCAGAUGCUUCCUGAAGUGAGCGGAUGUGAACUUGGCCACUCAGGGUGGCUUUCAUAAGCGGAGAAGCAGGGCAGGGCACCCGUUAAAAGAGUUCAGAUCUGGCUCUGCUGGAUAAAUGAGUUGACCUGAGCCUCUGUUCCCUCAUCUAUAAAAUGGAGGUACGAAUGCUCCCCUCUCUCAAGCAGUUGAGAAGAUCAGAUGAAAUAAAAGCACACAGAGCUCUCCCAUGGCACCUAGUACAUAGUAAGCACUCAGUAACGUUAAAUGUCAGCAUUUGGUCAUGGCCUUGGCCUGAGGCUUAAUGCACAUCUCCUAACACAAAUUGCCCGGCAUGUGAGUUAAGUCACGCUAGCCAUGCAGGGUAGUCACAUCUGCAGAUAGGAAAACGGAGCCUAUUAAAGUAACCAACAGAGUGUCUUACUGGCCAGUGAAGAUUAGAGAGAACAUGCUGGUGACAAGACCUUUGAUGGAGAACUCCAUAGCACCCUCACCUAAGCCAAGGAAUGGGCGUGAGAAUUGGAAGGCAGAAGCAGGGAAGAUGAGAAGAUGUCACCCUGGCCAUUGUCUCGGGCCUCCUUUGAUGUACUGUGGGAAGAAUGUUAAACGGGCAGAGGGUUUAUAUAUAGAAGUCUAUCUGGGCUGUACAACAUGCACGUGAAUUGGGCCGUGGCUUACGUAUCCAUCCUCAGCACGUUACACAGCAAGCCCCCGUAGCCAAGUAUGUGGUUUGGGCCUAUUUUUUUGGAUCUGGAGUUUGAUUCCUUCUUAUCCUGAUUUUGUCUUUAACAUAAUGUUCAACUGCUGCCACUUUCACCUGGGAAUGGCAUGCUUCUAAAGGAAAUGUUUUCCGCCCAGGCUGCUGGCUUGUGUCAUCCUUGAAAGUGAAAGAUCUUGCUAACUUCAGCUGCUCAGUGUCAGGCCCAGGGGUACGAUGUAAACAGUUUUUCCCUUUAUUAGGCCUUAAAUAAAACUAGGCCGGCCAUAGUGUAUUUUUUUUAAAUUAAGGUGGCAAGAGCCAGCUGCCCCCCAAGGAUCCAUGAUGAGCAGAAACUAGACUCAUUCCUUUCACCCUGACGCCUCACUGCUCACUGACCUUGUUCCCAGCCUGUGCCAGGCAGAUGAGCGUCUGGUUCUGCCCUGCCCCAUCCGAAGUGGUCUCGUGAGCCCCAUUGCACAGGCACCCGAGUGACACAGCAAACUGGGUCAGUCACGGCUCUUCUCUUCCCAUUACUUCCUCUCUUGAUCAUCAUAAAUCUAACCGUGUGCCCAAGCUCUCUGCACCUUAGGUGGAGCAUCUCGGGGGGGUCGUCCAGAAGUCACCUGGCCUGUCUGGCUCCAGCCCAGGGUGGCACCAGUGCACACCUGGUUCAUAUUUUCAAACGUCACCAGGGAAAGAGAUUCCACUGGGAUAGUUGAGAUUCUUGCAUUUAUCCUUCAGUUCAUCUGCUAUUGUGGCUAGAUGUGGAGAGCAGGAUUUGGUGAUAAGGAAGCUGGAACCAGCUUAUAUGGCAAGGCAGGUCUGUGAGCCUUUUGAGCAGACAAAACCAAAAUCAAACCCAUUGCCCUCAAGUUGAUUCUGACUCAUAGCGACCCUGUAGGUCAGAGUAGAACUGCCCUAUAGGGUUUCCAAGAAGCAGCUAGUGGAUUUGAACUGCUGACCUUUUGGUUAGCAGCUGAGCUGUUAACCACAACGCCACCAGGGCUCCUCAGAUACUACAAGGAUGUAGUAACAAGGAGGGCUUUGAGCAGACAGCCCCCCUUAUUAGCACAUCCUUGUAGUAUCUGAGGAUGGUGGACUCACCGUCCAGCAAUGUCAAGUUGAUAACGCUGAUCAACUCUGUGUCAAGCCACCUCAGAUUCCCAGUGAGUUCUCUGGGAAUGAGGAACAGUGUUAGAAUCUGCCCAGGUAAAAUGGCACUGGUAGGCCAGGUGGCUUAAGGCGGGGAGUAGUCUUUGCAGCUCUAAGAAACAGAUACUUGUUAGCAGUCCCUUAGGGCGGAUUGUAGAAAAGUUUUAAGUUAUCCAAGACAAUGUCAGGCUUCAGAGAAGACACUAGAGAAGUCUAAUAACUCACUACUGGUUAUCACAAAAGAAGAGCCAGAGUCUUUUGUUGGCUCCCAGGUCUUGUCUGAACCCAGGAACUGCCAAAGAGAAAAAUGUUUUCUUUUCAAAAGGGCAGUGCGGACACAUCGUUUUAUCUAAUGGUGCAUUACAGUGUGGCACAGUGGUUAAGAGCUACGGCGAGCUAUGGCUGUUAACCAAAAAAGGUGGGCAGUUUGAAUCCGCCACCUGCUCCUUGGAAGCCCUACGGGGCAGUUCUACCCUGUCCUGUAGGGUCACCAUGAGUCGGAAUCGACGGCAACGGGUUUGGUGUUUUUUUUUAAAUAUAUUACAACCUGUAGUUUUUGUAAAGCAAAUUAUGACGUUAAGGUGCGUGUUUUGUUUUCCAGUGUAUUUUAGGGUAUUUGUUAGUUUGUUGUUAGAUGCCGUCAAGUCAGUUCCAACUCAUAGCGACCCCACGUACAACAGACCGAAACACUGCCAGAUCCUGCAGUCGUUGCUAUGUUUGAGCCUAUCAUUGGCAGCUACUGUGUCAGGUUAUUUAAUUAGUACUUAAUGUUCACAUGGGGAUACCCUGGAACACACGUCUAGGGGAAAUGGAGUGGAAUCAAGCCUAAGUUAGAAUCCUGGAUCUACCAUUGAUCCGCUGGGUGAUCUUGGGCAAGUUAUUUAACGUCUCUGUGCUUGUGUUUCUCAUCUAUAGAAAGAAAAGAAACCUAACUUUCUAUGUGGAUGAAGGAUUCAACUAAGUAAUGCAUAUAAAGUGCUUAGCACGGUACUUGGUGCCAUAAUAACCCUUCAUGGGAAUAAGAGCUAACAUUUAUUGUUUGCUUACCAGGUGCCCAGCAUUUUAAGAGUUUUACAUGUGUUAUAUUGUUUAAUCCAAGGAGUCCUUAGGUCUCAGAUGAAAGAUUAGUGGUUCAAAUCCACCCGGAGGAACCUGGGGAGAAAAGCCUGGCAGUCUACUUCUGAAAGAUAACAGCCACUGAAAACCCUGGUAGAACCCAGAGCAGUUCUAUUCUGAAACACACGGAGUCACCAUGAGUUGGAAUCAACUCUGUUGGCAACUGGUUUGUCAUUUAAUCCUCGCACAACACUAUGAGAUCGGUACAAUUAUUAUUCCCAUUUUACAGAUGAGGAAAGUGAGGCUUGGUGAAAUUAAGUUACUUGCUCAAAGUGACAGGUAGGAAAUGGUGGAACUAGAAUUUGAAGCCAGGUAGUGGCAGGCCUCUAGGGCCCAUGCCCUUAGGCACCAUGUGCCACACUGUCUCCAAACAUGAAAACCAUCAUCAUUAUUCUUCCUCUGCUGAUGGCUUCUCAUCAUGGAUCUGGUCUUGAUCCAUGGAGGACAACGGCUGGUGCGAGUGCCCAGUCCCGGCAACCACCAGUCCGCUGUCUGUCCCGUGGAUUUGCCUAUUCUCGGUAUUUCAUAUAAAUGGAAUCAUACAAUGUUUGACCUUUUGUGUCUGGCUUCUUUCAACAUAAUGUUUUUGAGGUUCACGUCUUGGUACUUCAUUCCUUUUUAUGGCUUAGUUAAUAGUUCAUUGUAUGUAUGUACCACAGUUUGUUUAUCCAUUCAUCUGUUGGUGGAUGCAUGGUGGAUUUGUAACCUCUCCUUGUAUCCGCGCUCUUUGCCAUUAACUUUGCUGGACCUUUACCCUGACUUUGUGGUUGGCCAUGGGCCUUGCUUUGGCCAAUGGGAUGUCAGUCAUCAUAAUACAAGCAGAGUCUGCACAAUGGGGCUUGCCCUUGCUCUUCAAACUCAGCAUAUCCAAAACCGAACCAGGCUAUUCCCCUUUCCAUCCCACCCACCAAAAAUGCCCCAGUCCUCCUCUAAAGCCAGUCUGAGUGAAUGGCACCAGCAUCCAUUCGGUUGCUCAAGCUGGAAACCUAGAAGUGUCCUAAACCCUCCCUGUCUUUCCAUGUGCAUUGGCAAGGCUUGUUGACUUACCGCCAAGAUGGCUAUUGAAUCCAUCCACUUCCUUCAGUCUCCAGCACCAACUCCAUGGUCAAAGCUACUUUCAUCUCUCCGCUGGACAACUGCUACAGCCAUCUGACCUGCCAUCAUCUGGCAUCUUUUGAAUCUGUUCUCUACCUGCAGCCCUGAAAUCAUCACAUUUCAAUACACUGGUCUGACCAUGUCUCCCACCUCUUUAAAACCCUUUAAUGGCUGACCAUUGCUCUCAAGAAGAAAAUGCAAAUCCUUAACAUUACCUACAAGGAUUCUGCAUGGUCUGCCCACAUCUUAAACCUCAUCUUGGCCAGGCUGUCUCUCAGGUUUUCUGCUCCAGCCUCUAAGAUGUUCCUACAACCUCUCAUCCUCUCUGCAGUCACUCCUACCACAGGGCGUUUGCACAUGCUGUUCUCUCUGCCCAGAAUGUUCUUCCUUCCUGUCCUGUUUUUACAUGGUAAACCUUCACAUCUCCGCUCAGGUGCCACUUCCUCUGAGAAGUCUUCCCUAACCUCUCAAUUUUAAAUCCAUGCGAUGAUUCUCUGAUUAAUGCCUGUCUUCCCACUGGACUUGAAGCUCCGAGAGGACAAGGACUAGAUUGAUUUUUGUUCACCCUUAUAUCCCUAGUGCCUGGCACAUCUCUUGGCACAGUGAAGGUGUUCCUAAUGAUUUGAGAAAUUAGUGAAAAAAAGAUCAGUCAGUUGAUGGCUCAGUCUGAUUUCAGAACUCAAAGCAAACCUUACCAGCAGUGAGAGCGAGCGCUGGGUCUGCAGGAGCUAGAGGCUCUUGGGCCUACCAGAUGUGAUGAGGUUUCCCUCUCAGAUUCUGAUGAUUCGGUGUGCAGGAGGGGCUGGUCCCAGCUUCCCAGGUGGCUGGAUGCCAUUGGGCUGGGAAGAAGGGCUUUAAGAAAUUAGAUCUGUCUCUCGCGCUGUGGAAAGUGGAGAGUUCUUGGUUCUCUGCCCAGGCCUCUGGAAAGCUGGAGAUGUUAAAAGAAGUAAACUCCCA